AUGUUGACGACACGCUCGCUCGUGCGCCAGCCCGUCGCGGCCAGCGCCAUUGCCAGAAUAGUCGCGCAGCGCAUGUACGCCACACCCUCGGGCCCGCCGCCCGUCGGGUUCAGACAGAAGAGGCCCCGUGCCUGGGACGACGAGAAGGAGACGACUUUGGACCGCGCUGGACGUUACUUUCUCCUGACGGAAAUGUUCAGGGGCAUGUACGUUGCGAUGGAGCAGUACUUCCGAGAACCAUACACCAUCUUCUACCCUUUCGAGAAGGGCCCCAUUUCUCCCAGAUUCCGUGGUGAACACGCCCUGAGACGAUACCCCUCUGGCGAGGAGCGAUGCAUUGCUUGCAAGCUUUGCGAGGCUAUCUGCCCUGCCCAGGCCAUUACCAUUGAGGCCGAGGAGCGCCAAGACGGUUCCCGAAGAACCACCCGCUACGACAUUGACAUGACCAAGUGCAUCUACUGCGGUUUCUGCCAGGAGUCGUGUCCCGUUGAUGCCAUUGUCGAGUCUCCCAACGCAGAGUACUCGACAGAGACGAGAGAGGAGUUGCUGUACAACAAGGAGAAGUUGCUGGCCAACGGCGACAAGUGGGAGCCUGAGCUGGCUGCCAUCAUCAAGGCCGACUCGCCUUACCGAUAA